AUGCCAAUGACAAGACCUGACGAUGGUUUUGAAUACUACGCCUACGCACUGCUCUACGUUGACGACAUAUUAAUGAUCCACCACGAUGCUAUGGGAGCGCUCAAGAAAAUCGACAAGGCAUUCACGCUGAAACCAGACUCUGUUGGCGAUCCUGAUAUCUACCUAGGGGCCAAGUUCCGAACUACCACUCUGAAGAACGGGGUUGUUGCAUAUUCCUUGAGUCCGAGCAGAUAUGUACAAGAGAACGUGAAACUUGUGUUAGAGGAACACCAUGGGACCACAUUGAAGAAAGGAUCCAGAGCCAGAUCACCCUUACCGAACAACUACCGUCCUGAACUUGACAUGACAGAAGAACUUGAAGGAGAGGAAGCAUCGUAUUUCCAAUCCCUUGUUGGUAUUUUGCGCUGGAUGGUCGAACUUGGUAGAAUUGAUAUCAUCACUGAAGUUAGUAUGCUCGCGUCUCACCUUGCUCUUCCCCGCAGAGGACACCUCAAAUCUAUUUUCCACAUGUUCGCCUACCUGAAAGCUCAUCACAAUGCUACUUUUGUAAUGGACCCAUCCUACCCACAGAUCGAUCACUCUGUCUUCAAGACAUGCAACUGGGCCGAUAUGUACCCUGAGCCAAUACCUCCAAACGCGCCUGAACCACGAGGCAAGUCCAUUGAUGUCAUCCUGUAUUUUGACAGUGACUUAGCUGGUGACAACAUCAACCGUCGCUCUUGUACUGGAUACAUGAUCUAUGUCAACAAUGCCCUUGUGAUUGCCCACUCAAAGAAACAGGCUCGGAUUGAGACCAGCGUCUUUGGGGCGGAGUUUUGCGCAUUAACACAGGGUAUGGAUCAAAUGAGGGGACUCAGAUACAAACUACGCAUGAUGGGAAUUCCCAUGGAGGGACCUACUUACGCCUACGGAGACAACAUGUCUGUUAUUCACAACACACAAAGACCUGAUUCUACGUUGAAGAAGAAAUGUAAUUUGAUUGCAUACCAUGCGUGUCGUGAAGCCGUCGUUGCUGGUGAAAUGAUCACCGGCCAUGUCCCGUCGGAGAAGAAUCCAGCUGACCUAGCUACAAAGCCGGACAGAAGAGAGACAGAUUACUGGACAUUGUGA